CCGUCGCCGCCGCCGCGGGCGGGCCCGUCCCCCAGCGUCCCCCCCGAACACCAUAGGCGGCUCCGGCUCCAAGAUGUCCAACCGGGUGCUCUGCCGGGAGGCCAGCCACGCCGGCAGCUGGUACACGGCCUCAGGACCCCAGCUGAAUGCACAACUAGAAGGGUGGCUUUCUCAAGUACAGUCCACAAAAAGACCUGCAAGAGCCAUUAUUGCACCCCAUGCAGGAUACACCUAUUGUGGAUCUUGUGCAGCCCAUGCUUACAAACAAGUGGAUCCCAAUAUCACCCGAAAAAUUUUCAUUCUUGGGCCUUCCCAUCACGUGCCCCUCUCCCGUUGUGCACUAUCCAGUGUGGACAUUUACAGGACACCUCUGUAUGAUCUCCGAAUUGACCAAAAGAUUUAUGGAGAAUUGUGGAAGACUGGAAUGUUUGAACGCAUGUCCCUACAGACAGAUGAAGAUGAACACAGUAUUGAAAUGCAUUUGCCUUAUACUGCUAAAGCCAUGGAAAGCCAUAAGGAUGAGUUUACUAUUAUUCCUGUGUUGGUCGGAGCACUGAGUGAGUCAAAAGAGCAGGAAUUUGGAAAACUCUUCAGUAAAUACCUAGCUGAUCCUAGUAACCUCUUUGUGGUUUCUUCUGACUUUUGCCAUUGGGGUCAGAGGUUCCGUUACAGUUACUAUGAUGAAUCCCAAGGAGAAAUUUAUAGAUCCAUUGAGCACCUAGAUAAAAUGGGUAUGAGCAUUAUAGAGCAGCUAGAUCCUGUAUCUUUUAGCAAUUACUUGAAGAAAUACCAUAAUACAAUAUGUGGAAGACAUCCUAUUGGAGUGUUAUUAAACGCUAUCAACGAGCUCCAGAAGAAUGGAAUGAAUAUGAGCUUUUCAUUUUUGAAUUACGCUCAGUCAAGCCAGUGUCGAAACUGGCAAGACAGCUCAGUGAGUUACGCAGCUGGAGCGCUUAUGGUCCACUGAACCACUGAAUGCUCAGGGAUGGCACCUGCACACACUCUGUAUACGGGGUCCCAGCCUAGCCCUUACAAAGAUACAGUCCCUGGUCUUUGGGUAUACUGAAACCUCAAACUAAUAGAACUCUGUUCUUUUCUAGUAGGUGUAGUCCUUCCGUAGUUUCAACUCAUUUAAAAAUGCUUUCUUGUUUAGGACAAUGGAAGGAAGGCUGGUAUCAAAACUUUUUGUGCUUUUUUUUGUGCUUUUUUUUUUUUUUUU